UUCAUAAGCACAUAACAGAUGGUAAGAAAAUCUGACCCAAGAGAAAAAUUAUGAUUUUUGGGUACUUCUGAAGACACACUGAGUAAAAUGGAUGAAGGCAAUCACACUGUGGUGUCAGAAUUUAUACUCUGGGGACUUGCCAGCUCACAGAAGAUUGAAGUCUCACUCUUUGUGGUGUUUUCAAUGCUUUAUCUUCUCAUUGUUUCUGGAAAUAUUGUCAUUCUGGUUUUAAUCACAACUGACCCCCAUCUGCAUUCUCCCAUGUACUUCCUGUUGGCCAACCUUUCCUUUAUUGAUAUGUGGCUUUCCUCAGUCACCACUCCUAAGAUGAUCACAGACUUUCUCAGAGAAAACAAGACCAUUUCCUUUGCAGGAUGCAUGUCCCAAGUGUUCUUUGCCCACUGUAUUGCUGCAGGAGAGAUGGUACUGUUGGUGGUAAUGGCUUAUGAUCGCUAUGUGGCCAUCUGCAAACCUCUCCACUACUUCACCAUCAUGAACUUUAGGAGAUGCACUGGGUUGGUGUUCACUUCCUGGACAACUGGAUUUGUACAUGCUCUGAGUCAUUUGGUAGUGAUUGUGGAGUUGCCUUUUUGUGGACCUAAGGAAGUAGAUAGCUUUUUCUGUGACAUGCCAUUGGUAAUCAAGCUAGCUUGCAUAGAUUCCCAUGACUUGGAUGUUCUAAUGAAUGCUGAUUGUGGGCUUGUGGCUGUCACUUGCUUUAUUUUGUUGCUUAUUUCCUACACAUAUAUUCUUAUCACUGUACGUCAAAGCUCUAAAGCUGGUGCAUCUAAGGCAAUGAACACAUGCACUGCCCACAUUACAGUGGUGCUUAUCUUUUUUGUGCCAUGCAUCUUCAUCUAUGUGUGGCCUCUCAAUAUCACUUGGUUGGAUAAAUUUCUUGCUGUAUUUUACUCUGUUUUUACACCUCUCCUGAAUCCAGCCAUUUAUACUCUGAGAAAUAAAGAGAUGAAAAAUGCCAUGAAGAGAUUUAUAAGCAACUACCUUAGUCACAAAGGAAAUUUAUAG